GUAACGUGCACGCCACUCGACGUGUAGCGUCUCAGUCUGGAACGGGCUGCCGUUGGCAGAGCGUCGUUUUAUUUUUUUAAAUUUCUCUCAUCUUUAAAAAAAUAAAAUAAAUACGGCCACGAGUGACGCACGUUAAAAGCGAUCUGACACAGGCAAAACACAUCAGAGGUAUCAUUUACUUUAUACUCAUCCGCACAGCCGAUGCCGGCCCCAUUCAAAUUCCAAGACAUUGGCUAUUUAGAGCGCCGUGUGAUUCAGUCCGCCCACCGAAAGAGAAGGACAUUUUAAUUGGGUUGACGUCGAGUUUUUGUAAAAACCAUGUCUUAUCAUCUUUGUGUUAAACAGCUGGCUGUUGGGCAAAUGUCCUUUCUAAACACCAGUGAUGCUGGUCUGUGUGUAUUAAGUGAGUAGGCCUUGACAAAAACAACAACAACAAAACCAAACAGAAAGACGUUGCCUUUCUUUUUCUCGCCAACAUCUAGACGAGCCAAGAAAAAUCAAACGCUUUGCAUUUUCAUCUGAAUAUCGAAAAGAGAGUGAGGACAGUUCCGCGUUUAUUUUUAUCCGCUGGGCCGAAGGCCGUUUGUGCCGCCCAUUUUCUGUUUUGUUUUCGUUAUUCGACUGCGUUCAUCAUCGCACAUCAUGGACGUGUCUCUCUAUUUGGCCACGUCCAAUGGAUAACCCAACUUCCCACAAUUGGCACAGUUACACCUGGAACGGCAGCGGUUCCGGCCGAUCGUCUCUCAUCGAUCCCGAAAGUGAUUUGUUUUUGUUUUUUUCCUGAAUGGCGUCGUCCAAUCGUAACGACUCAUUCGCACCGACCAACUGCAAUUUCGUCUGCAUAACUUCAGCCAUCGCUAGCGUGUCACGCAAAACAUUUCACAUCAUCAUCUGAGCUUGUGUGCAUAUAAUACAUAUCGAGCGGCUUGCAUAAAGGAGCGGCAGCUGCUGGGACGACAUGAUGCCGACGUCAGCCGAUUAUGAAAUUUCAAUUGAUGAGCAUCACAGUCCCGCUAAUGCCAAUCACAGGGCUCAAAAGAUGAUCGGCGAAGUGAACAACUUGGUGGCUCAGUUCCGGCAGCUGCUCAUCAUCAUUGGCCAGCCGAAAGAUUCACCGGACGUGCGGGAAAAGAUCCGUCGACUUCGGCGCCAGUGUGUCGAGUCUUGCAAACACACCAAUCAGCUGCUCCUACCGCAGAUACACAGUGAUAUCGCUGCGGGCAUUCCGCUGGACACGGAUCAUGUAAUUCACUUCUUCUGCAGCUGCCAGUUGCUGGUGCGCGAGUUGCACAAAAGCCAUCGCCUCAUCCAGAGGAAGCCACUCGACAUGACCAGCUUUUACGAGAAUCGAGCCGGUCCUUCCAAUUUGGGUACGGUCUUCAGUCAGAUCAUUUUAUGCAAACAACUGGCGCCCGAUUUCAACGCCGAGGAAUUACGAUCCAUCCGCAAAGAUUCCGAGGAUCUUCAACGACUCAUCGACGAUCUCUCCGAGUUCAUGCCCAUGGAAGAGUCAUACGGACGGGCGUUCGCUCUGGCCGGCGAGGACAAGUUUAGCGUGUGGGCCAAAAAACGAAUGCUGACGAAUCGACGUCAACGCGUCACUAUAUCCAAUCCACUGUGCCGCAACAUUCGAGCCUUGUGCUGCUUCUCGAAGCCGAGCUACCUAUGAUUUGCAUCUGUUUCUCUCUUCACCGCAUUUUUAAAUCACACGAAACAUUUCUUUUCGCUCGCCUAUCUAUUAUACAUUUAUAAAUAUAUACAGUCCGGCAUCAAAUUGCAAUCCUAUCGAUUAAGACCAUUUUCAUUGAUGCAAAUGUUUCCCAGGUAGCACGACCAUUGCAGCCCAGUUAAAAAUCGUAUACUUUCAUUCCGUAUAGCGGUGACGAUGAAACUUCAAUCGUCUCCUCCUAUAACCACCAAACCCCCAUCCCCUUCCCCAAAAGAAAAUGAGAGAACGACAGUUGAAUUCACGUGUCCGGUUUAACGCAAUUGUUUCCAAUAUAAAAGGACGGAUGUGACGUGCCACCCCCAAAAACUGUGAAAACUAUUCUUUAUCAUAUACAUAAUAGUGUCAGUUGUGUGUUAUAUAGUUGCCCUUUGCCUACACUCUAUAUAUGAUAGCCACACACACACACAAAGUAAUGCGCAAACAAGUUGCACAUCACGUAUGCAUCCGUGUAAAAUCUAUUAGACUUUAAACAUUUCACUUUGAUCAUCGGCGAUGCGAGUUUUCUUUUUUGAAAAGAGAGUAUAGACUAGCAUGUGUAGCUACUCUGUCUUUCACACUUACCUCCAUUACCGAGUUGUAGAUUCACAUCCUCCUAUGAUGAAUAUAUCUUUCAAUCGAUUUGCAUAUACAACACGCAAUUUUCGAAUCGUUUCCUUUUCAAAUUCACGCGUUCUUUCUCGUUUUUCACUGUUGAUUUUUCGAUUCAAUUUUUCCUGUGUACUUCAAGCCAAAACAAAAUGUCGAAUAACAAUAUGUUGUGUUCUUUUCCUGCUGUUUUUCCUUUUUUUCUAUUGAAAAUAAAGUUCUUUGAUUAGUCUC